AGCUAAAAAACCACGAAUAAAAGACACAGCACGCGAAGCGAGAGAGAGAGAGAGAUGAGCGCGCACACGCGUCAGAUGGAAAACCCAACCGGGGUGGUGCACCGGUUUAUGCAGGAGCACCAGCGCGUCUGCGUCUGGCUGGUGUACGACACUCAGACAAGACUGGAGGGCAACCUGCUAGGCUACGACGAAUUUAUGAACGUGGUGCUCGGUGACACGACGGAGACAAACGUGCGCACGAAGCAGAGCCACAACCUCGGCAAAAUUUUGCUACGUAGCGACAAUGUUGGCGUGAUCCAUCCGAUCGGGGUUUAA